GAUUCCCACAAUAAAUGUUGUCUUUCCGUCCCCAGUGUUUCCGCUGACCUGUGCCGUGCAGAAUUAUGCGUGGGGGAAGCUGGGGCUGGACAGCGAGGUGGCCAAACUCGUGUUGGGGGGGGACCCGGUCGCUGUGGUUGAGGAGGGCAAGCCCUAUGCAGAGCUGUGGAUGGGUGCCCACCCAAAAGGAGAUGCGCAGAUCAAAGACAACCGGAUCGCUCAGACCACGCUGGGCGAGUGGAUCGCACACUUCCCCGCCUGCCUGGGCUCCAAGGUCAAAGACACCUUCCAGGGUCAGCUGCCCUUCCUCUUCAAGGUCCUGUCUGUCAACACAGCCCUGUCCAUACAGGCACACCCCAACAGA